CCGCGGCGAAAAGGUGUAUUGAUGGUGAUGGUCUGCAGUUUUUCACCCAUUUUCUGUUUCGCUUGGAGUUCAGGGGUCCCCCUCGAGGGAAACAGUCAGUAACCAUGGGACGUCCUGCCAGUCUACUCGUGCACAUCGCGGCUAGUAUCGUGCUGUGGGAAGUGGCACCUCGGGUCGUGGUGGGACCCCGGAACCCGUAUGUUACCGUGGUGGGGGAAUCGGUGUCCCUCGCGUGUAAGGUCACCGAUGCCAAGCCUAAUAUAACUUCACUUUACUGGGAGAAAGACGGUGCCAGGCUCGAGGCCAGCAGCUUUCUGGGGAAAUAUUCAGGAGGAGAUGCCAGGACGCCAUCUUUAACCAUUCGUCACGUGAUGAGGAUGGAUGGCGGAGUGUACACAUGUGUGGCCCAGAAUUCCGUGCGGCGUGGAGAGGGGCACAUCGAGCUGCGAGUACACUAUUUUGCCUCGAUAACCAGUAUCUCUGAGCCUGUGGAAGUAACUGUCGGGGAUCAUGUGAAGUUCCGCUGCGUGGCCGAGGGGAGCCCUACCCCCAACAUCACGUGGUCUAGGAACGGACUGAAGCUUAAGGCCAGCUCAGAUGAUGCCGUUGGUGACGUCAGAACGAGUGCCCUGGUCCUGAGCACUCUAGAUGGCGGCUUCACGUCUACCACUAUAGCCAUUAUCAGUGGUGCAGCUGCCGGCGGCCUUUGGUUGCUCAUCUGUCUUUGUCUGUUGGUGUACCUGCUAAGGAAGCGACGAGGCGGGGACAGGAAGAAGUUUACGUAUUACUAUAGUGGUGUACAGAGACGGAGCGAUGUAGCAACAAGUGAAGGGGGCGGAUCUGAACACAGACGGCAGGUCUUCUUAACAGAGAGAAAAACCUCCAAUGUUGCCUUCGAACAAAGAAGACAAGAAAAUGGCGAGCUUGUCAUCUAGGAGGACCUGAUUUUGAGGUUAAACGAUUUUAACGUUUUGGCCUCCGUAUGGGCUAACUGCAAAGGAUUCUUGAGCAAUGCUACAUUGUUCAACUCGUGCCUCACAAUAAGAACAUAUGUCUUUAUGUAUUUGUAACAUUUUAGAGAUGUGU